GAGAUGACGUCACCACCAUCGGAGCUCAGAGUCCUCGAGGCCGCUCGAGUUGGUCCUCCCCCGGGAUCGGUGCCGGAAUCUUCCCUUCCCUUCACCUUCUUCGACAUCGCGUGGCUCUACGGCCGCCCGGUGCAACGUGUCUUCUUCUACCGUUUCCCCCACUCCGCCUCCCACUUCAUGGAGUCCGUCUUCCCCACCCUCAAGUCCGCCCUUUCACUCACUCUCCGCGAUUUCUACCCCCUCGCAGGAAAGGUCCGCCUCGCACCUGGCAGUCAGAGUCAGUACGAGCUCCACUACGCCGAGGGAGACUGCGUCCCCUUUGUGGUUGCCGAGCACGACGGCGACUUCGACGACCUUUCUGGAUGCCACCCGCGACAGUACACCGGGGUACGACCAUUGGCUCCCCAGAUUCCGGAGCCCACAGACGACGACCAGCGUCCGGUGAUGGCCCUGCAGGUAACUCUGUUCCCGAACAGAGGCUUGGCCUUGGCCGUCGCCGUGCACCACUUGUCCUGCGACGGCUCGAGUUCCACGCGGUUCUUGUCGUCGUGGGCUCGCAGAGCUUCCGGACUCGAAAAGGCGUCGCCGGCCCCGCCCUCCUUCGACCGGAGCUCAAUUCCAGAUCCGAAUGAUGCCUACUCCAAGUUACUCGGCCUUGCGGCCGACGCACGAAACGACGAGUCCAUGAUGGUCCAAUUCGCUCAUCCGGACGCGGUCAUCGGCACGAUGACCCUCACUGCCGACGACCUCAGGAAGCUGAAGGCGACGAUCUCCUCCAAAGCGAAGAACGCUUCUUUCCGUUGCUCCGACAUCGUGGCGACGUACGCUUACGCGUGGGUUUCCUGCGUCAAGGCGCGAGCGCCGAGCGCCGAGAGCACCGUGCACUUAGUGUUCGCCGGAAACUGCAGGGGACGGCUACAGCCGGCGCUUCCGGCGGAGUACUUCGGCAACUGCAUCGUCACCAUUUUCUGCGAGGCGAAGGCCGGCGACCUUGCGGGAGAAGAUGGAGUGGUGGUGGCAGCUCGAAUCGUCGGCGAAGGCAUCGAGCAGUUCAAGGCAGAGCCACUAAGGGACGCCGGCAAGUGGUUGGAGAAGUACCGCGCGAUCGCGAUGCAGAGGCCGCUGGCCGUUGCUGGGUCUCCGGAGUUCAAAGUCUACGACGUGGACUUCGGGUGGGGAAGGCCGGUGAAGGUGGACAUGCCGUCGAUCGCGUGGAUUGGCACCAUAUCUGUGGCGGAGAGCAGAGACGAGAGCGGCGGAGUGGAGAUUGGACUGGUGGCGACGAAGACCGAGAUGGAUCAGUUUGUGGCUCACUUCUCUCAUGGUCUAAAACUGCUACACAAAUUUUAAUUAAAAUAAAUUUAUGAU